AUGGAUGAUAAUUUUGUAAACACUACCGCUACUAUCUCUAAUAAUUUGAUCAAAUAGCCCACAAUAGUUUAACCGAAGUAACCACUUAAUCUGAAAAAGCAAUUUACAUUGAUUUAAGAGGAAGUCGAUCAAGAAAUUGAGAUUAAUUCUGCCAAGUUAGAUAAAAAUAAAUCAAGGAACAAAGCAAACAAAAUCAUUCAAAAAUAGCGAUACCAAACUCUUGAAAACGGAAUGAAAAAAGUAGAAAGUCUUUUCAAAGAAAUAGAUUAUAUCAUGUAAAAUUAAAGUCAGCAUAAGCCUUAUGAGAAUUUGUAAAAUAAGUCAAAAUAACUCAUGAAUUUUUGCAGCCCAGUUUAUAAAAAGCAAAAGAGAGAAUUCGAACAUAAGAAUAGAAAAGGGUAUAUGAGUUUAGUUAGUAAGAUAAAAGAAAGUUCUCAACUUGUAUCUUAAGUAAAGACUGGUAAAAGUUUAUUUGAAAAUACCAACGUCACUGAUUAUCACAUACCUGUAUUCAAAGAGUAAAGGCUUAAAACUGACUUAUAAGACUUGAUAAAUAAGAGCUAAGAUGAGAUAAGUGUUAAAGCCAAUAAGUAAAAUUUGCAACUGAUGGAAUGUCUAUCACCCUAGAAGCUGCUUAAAAAGAAAAUGGAAGAGAUCAAACUGAAAAGUAAUAGUAGCAUUAUUGAUAAUGGUCUUGGAGGAUUUGGAACUUAUGCUACUUAAAUGUCAAAUCAUUAUUCUAUCAAUAUUAGUAAAAAUCUGCAGAUGUCUGAUAUUUCCUUAUAAAAAGUUUAGGAAAAGAAGUCAACAUAAAUUUUACCAAGUAUUACAAUUAAUCGCAGAAAAAGUAGUAUGGGUGUCAACUCAACAGCAACUAAAUCAGUAGUUGGUUAUGAAUAGGUGGAAGAUUAUCAAAGUAAACCUUAUUCCAAAAAAAUUGAAGAGCUUAAGAACAUAAAAAAAACCUUUGAUUUUCCAAAUAAUCCAGCCUAUCUAUUUAAAAAUCAAAGGAAUAAUAAAAAAUUGAAGUAUCUCUCAGAUUAUUGCAGAGAGAAUCAGAUAGCAAUGAGCAAAAAUGAAGAAAUUAUAAUGAAUCUUGAUCUAUCUAAACUGCAACAUAGAAUCUGGAAACAUUCCGUCUCUGAGUUAUACGACUAUAAGAAAAAUAUAAAGCCGGAUGAGGACUAACUAAUUGAAGACUUUGAAAAUUAUGGGAAGGAAAAACCUCCCAAGAAAUCUCAACUAUCAAUGACAAUUGAUUCUUCAUCAAUUCUAGACCAGCCAAGAUAAAGUAUACAUAACUAUAAUAAAAAUUGGGAACAAAAUGUGAAAUCAAUACUCAGGAAAAAGACUAUUAGAGGCUCUAAUUAAGGCAGUCUUAAAAGUAGUAACAGAAAUUCUGUAUAGUCUUCAGCAAGUAAUGCAAGUUAAAGCAAAAGUAAUUCCAAAAAUAAUUCCUACUACAGCAGAUCAAUAAUGAGGCAAUCAAAGUUUGCUGAUAAAUUAACAUAAAUAUAAAAUAAUAAGAAAGCAAUAGAAUAAAAGAGAGUUUAAGAUUUCUUCCAACUUGAAUAAAAAAGAAAUCAAAGGCUAAACUUGCUUAAGUAAUAGCUUGAGAAUCCCUAUCUUCUUAGAUAGGCUAAGAUUAAAAAAGUUAGAAGUAACUCGAAAAGACUCAGUAAUGCAUCAUCAGAAGAUCUAGAUACAUUAUCUAGUAGUGAAGAUGAAAGGAGAAAAAAGUAGUCUCAGUCAGUAUUAGAUAUCUAAAAUAAGAAAAAACUAAGAAGAAAGCCUAUUUACAAGUUAAUAACUGCUACUUAAUCUAUUAAAAAGGGCAAAAAUAAGAUUAACAGUAACUUGAUAAAGCUGAUUUAGAGACUAGAUCUGGAUAGGCCUCUAAUGCUUAGAGAGAAGCUAGAUAUUAUUUGGAAGACUAAGCCUAAAAAUUAAAUGUCUUCAAUAUCUCUUGGUAUACAAGAGAUAAAUUUGACAUAGAAUUUUGGAGAAAAUCAAAAAAGUAUUUAAAACUUAGGCAACGCUUCUAGAAUGGAAAUACCUAAUUUUAGUAAGGAUAAGGAUAAUUUGCCAGUAAAUAACAGAAAUUCUACGAUAUCAAUUGUUAAUCAGAACAACAGCUUCAAUCAAAGAAAUUAAAGCAUUAGUGCUAUAUCUAAGACAGCUACAAACAAGGAUAGUGAAGAGUAUGAGAGUCUGAAUCUAAGAGUUGAACUAGAAAAGAAGAAAAUGGAAAGAAUGAGCUUGAAUAAUUAGUAAAGAGAAGCAUACAACAAAUUAUUGCAUUUCUUAGAAAAGCGUAGUAAGGCGAUAUAGCCUGAGGAAAAACAAUUUAUGAAUAUCAUAAAAAUUGUUAUUGACGGAGGAUGGGUAAUAAGAGAAUAAGAGUUCGAACAAAUAUUAGGCUUCAUAGAUUUCAAGCAAGAUUUAAAAGAUCUCAAUGAGAAAUAGUUAAAGCUUUAUAAUAAAGAAUUUAUCUCAUUCUUUGAAAAUGCUAUUGAGGAACUUAGAUUUAAUAGGGAAUAUUUACAAUACAUAAAAAAUUUAAAAGGACUUGAAUGA